AUGGUCUUUAAGAUUCUAAAAUAUAAUAUAACAUUAAUUUUAUUAAUUAUAUUCAGAGCAAAAUCCAAUCUUCAAAAUCAUCUUAAAAAUGAUCAUUUAAUCACUAUUAACACUAAUUUGCGUAAUGAAAUUUCGGUUUUUGAAAUAAUAAAGAUUGAGAAUCAAAGAUUUACACCAAAAUAUGUUAAUGUAGAUUUUUACUGGGAUAAAUACCAAGUAAGUGAUAUAUAUAAGGAAGUAUGUUACUUUUAUAAAUUUCAAAAUACUCAAAAAAUCUCAGAAAACAAAUUAAAAAAUGAGUAUUCAUGUUCAAUGAAAAGAAUGAAUUUAUUUCAAGCAGCUUUCUCAAAAGACCCAAUUAAUUUAAAAGAAAUUAACGGUGAAAUGUUGAAACUAAGUAAAAGAUUACUUAUAUUUUUUGAUUAUGAGUAUGAUCCAUCUCGUCCAAAUCACAGUUCAAAUAAUGACAUAGAUAUAUGGAGAGAUACUCACUAUAAUAAAUUGAAAUUGACUAACUUAAUAGUACCAGGAAAAGGUUCCAGUAGACUUUAUAUUAAGACUGAAACUGAUUCAGCAUUUGUUGGAAACUACUUUGGACAUUUAAAAAUUAAAUAUGAAGAUAAAGUUGAAUUAAAGAGGGUAAAAUUGUCAAUUGGCCCACCUCCUUUAAAUGUUUUUAUAACAAAAGAAACACAAACGCUGGAAUCUGAUGAUAAAAUAAUAAUUAUUGACCUUAAGUUAAGGAACCACCUCAUUUUCAGAAAUUUGAAUAUUUUUGUUAAACCAAUGCUUAAAGGUUUGGAAGAAAAUUUAUGUUCAAUCAGGAACAAAUUUCUGGUAAAAUCUCAAAUAAUUGAAAUUAAGCCAGGGGAGCUUGAGAAUAUUCAAGUUAAAUGUAUUAUGGGAAGAUUGAGGCCAGAAUCUAUUAAAGAACUUUUAAUAAUACAAAUUAAUAGUUUUUGGAAGAAUUCCAGUAGAUAUACAACAACUUACACAUAUAAUGAAAUGUUGAAGCAAGAAGAAAAAUUCAAUAGAGGAUUAUUUUUAUCCGAUUUUAUUUUAGAUGAUCCAAUUUCUGAAGAAUAUUUUAAUUUUAAUAUGAUUCUAUACCAAAGAGAUUUAAUGAAACACUUGAAAGACAAUAAUAAAGAAAGCAUAAGUUUUGAAGAUUCAUUUAAGGAAGACUUUCACCCGUUUCAAUAUUGGAUAACUCUGGAUUUACUUCAAAUAUCUGAGGAAAUAUUAAGCUUAAAAGAUAUUAAAAUUUUAAUUAAAAUUGAUAAUUCACCAUCAGAAUUUCUUCGUGUUACUUUUUAUGACAAAAAUAUAGAGAAAGCUUAUGAACUAGAUUCGGUUACUCAAACCAAUUCUUUAUUGUUCUUUAAAAUUAAUUUGGAAUUUAGUCCAAAGACUUGGGUUAAUAACAUUUUUCUUUCAAAGGAAAAUGGAAAAUUACAAAUUCCCAUAAAAGUAUUAUUAUUUGAGAAAAACAAAAACAUUUAUGAAGAAAGAAAUUUUUUAGAGAAAACUUGGAUCUUCAAUUUAGAUAUAGAGAGUAAAUUUGAAGAAUACAUAAUUAGAAACAACAUUAUAAAAAACAAAAAUGGACAAUUUAGGUUGAUUGUUAACAACUUGGAUCAAAAUAUAAAUAUGAAUAUGUUGAGUAUCAAAAAUUCGGACAAAAAAUCUGAAAAAACAGAAAUAAGGCUUUUAAAAUCUAAAAACAAAAGUUUUAUUUUAAUUUCAAAAGUAUUGGCUUUAAAAAUUAGAAAAUAUGAAGUUGUUAAUUUAAUGUUGAACUUCAAGGGAUUAAUAGAUAGAAAAAUAUUAGAGCUAAAACAAGCAAAAUCAGCCAAAAGUAAUUCAAUCGAAGAUCUACCAUAUUUUCUAGAGUUAGGAAAUAAUAAAAGGCUUCAAUUAGCUACCUUAGCUAAUUGUGGAAUAGUUGAAAUGAGUAAAAAUGAGGUAGAUUUUGGUAUAGUUCCAGUAAGUUUAUUUGGAAAUCCAAAGUUAAUACAGAAAAUAGAGGUUAAAAUAAAGAGAUUCAAAACAAAAACAAAAUGCAGUAAAAAAUUCUCAGUUGGAUUCAGACUUUCAAGUAACUUCAAUCUAAAAUUAAUACGGAAAAACAAUCCAUAUCCAUCAAGUAACACUGUAUACACAAAAAUCGUGGGUAAAGAUACGAAAUUGGUUAAAGAAUAUAUUUACGAUUUUCUUAUUGAAGAUUCAGAAGUAUUUUUGAUUUUUAUUGAACCUAACUUCGACAUUUCAAUUAACGUGGAACACAAGAAAAGUGCAAACAUCUCAACACUACUUGAAGUUUACACUCCCUUAACCAUGAGGAGAGAACUCAAGUACGAACAAAUAGAUAUUUGGAGGGAUUCGAUGCUUGAAAACGAAUUUCUAAAACGGAAUUUAUUUUUCACUGAAUUCAUUAAAAUUGCAUGCAUUAUUAGAAGUUUGCACAUUUCGGCGGGCUCCCCACAUAUCCGAAGUGCACUACAUAGUGAAAUUAUGUCACAAGAACUUGUCAAAAAUGGUAAGCUACCGAUAAGUUUGUUUUUAAUAGAAGUAAAAAAUGAGGAGGAGUUUCCGGUCCAGUAUUCAUUACAACGAGAUGUCAGUCUAUGGAAUAAGCAAGAAAAGAGUACUAAAGAAUAUUUUACGGAGAAUUAUACCUUUUAUAUUUCCUAUGAUAGUGAUGGAAAAAACAAGUUGAAAAAAAGAAUAAAUGAGUUUGAAAAACAGUUUUCUGUUUUUGAGAACAAAACAUUUUUCGAAAAUGUCAGUGAAAGGACCGAGUUAUUUGAUAAUUUAGCAUUCAAUUUCCCUUUUAAAAAUUUAUAUUUAAUGAAUGUAAUCAUGGUUCUGAGACUUGGGAUGGUUUGUAUCUACAAUGGAGAAAUUUUUUCACACAAAAAUUCAUUUUGUGUUAAGCUAUUGCCUAUUGAAAUUGCAGAAAAGCUUGAAAAUUUGAAAAUUUCAAUGGGGCAUUUAAGAUUGAAUAUUUGGCAAGUAACUAUUAGAUUUUCUUUAAAUAUUGGUGCUGAUUUUGUGACAGGAUUAAAAUUAUACGAAACCGGAAGAAUAGAUUGGUAUUUUUAUGGGCUUGAUGGUUCUUUUGUAGAUAAUCCAGAAGUCUUUGAAAAGUUUAUUCCUAUUCUGGUUUCAAACAUGGAUCUGGAAUCAGCAUUUGUGCUAAGAGAAAUUGUAGAAUUUGAAAAGAUUAAGAAUUUAGUCAGAAUUUCGACAGUUCCUUGGUUGGAGGUGUCUAAUGAAGUUCCAAGAACUGGAUAUCUUCUCCCCAAGGAAAAUCGAUUAAUAUCAAUUCUAGUUCACAACCAAAUAAUCACUUCAAGUUCAAUUUAUUCAAAGAUAAAGGAGUUAAAAUGUAGUUAUAAUUUGGUCUUUAAGGGAAUAACUGAUAUUGGAGAAACACUAGAUGGUUCUGAUGACUCAUUUUCGAGGAUGCUAUUGGAAAAUGACCAGGAGCUGAGGCAGGAAAGUAUUGGAAUGAAAUCACUAUUUUCAUUAGAUUGGACAAUCCCAAAUGUAAUCAAUGAUUUGGGAUAUGGAGGUGGCUUUGUUAAGAAAAUCACUCUGAUAAACCCACCAAUAUCUAAAAUAGGAGAAGAUCUCUCAGCAUUGGAAUAUGUUCAAUUUAUUGUGGAAAUACAAAAUCCAAUAAUCUGUACAAAAAAAGAAAGCGGAACCUAUCAAGAUGAAAAUGAAAAUCAGUCCGAUUUUUUUAGGACUGAUGAUACUGAGCAGGAAUUCGAAGAAUAUGGUAGUGAUGAAACUAAUCAAUUGAAAGAUAAGUUUUGUACCCCAUUCAAUAAUCUUGAAAUUGUGAAAGGAUUUAGAGUUAUUUGGUACCCUUAUAACAAUUUUAGUCCAACAAAUUACAAGAGUGUUGAAAUUUUGAUAGAAGAUGUUCCAAAGUAUGAUUUCAAAACAAGUUCUUAUAGCUUGAAAAGCAGUAAAGAAAAAGAAUCGGAAGAGAGUUUGGAGGUUUCUCGAAUAUUUACCGACUAUAUUAAGGAAUCAGGCUCUGAAGACUCAGACUAUGCUUAUUUACUUAAAAUCAAUUAUAAUUUUGUAUUAAACCAGCAAUAUACAUUCAAGUUUGCUAUCACCCACCAUAAAAAUAUCAAAAAUAGUGUAUUCAUCCCUCCUUUUGGUUUCAAUAUUACAGCUCAGAAUCAUUCAAUUAGAUGGUUGAGAUCCUUAAGUUCCAUAGAAAGUGAUAUUUCCCAAACUUUGUUAAUUAAGAACUUUGCAAAAAAGAUAUGUAAGGGUGAUAUCAACAUUUUGUCAGAUAAUUCACUGGUUUUAAAAUGGGAUAAAGAAUUUCUGAAUAUUAUCAGUACUUUUUCAGUAAGUUAUUUUGAAGUGGAUAUAAUUGACCAGAUGGAAGAAGAGUGGCAAGUAAAAGAACUUAUGUCAGACUUAAUAACUGAGGAAAAAACCACCCAUUCAACUAAUAAGAAAUUAAUAUUUAUUACAAAUCCCCAGAAAACUCAAGAAGGUAUUUCAAAGUUUUUUUCUGAAGAUAUUAAUAAUGAAACUAGGUUAUUUAUUAAAAUACCUGGUCUUCCAUCCAGCCUGAAACUAAAAAUUGUGGUCGAAAUUGAGGAUUAUAACUCCGAAAAAUUCCAAUGUAUUUCAAAGGCCUUCCAAACUAAAGACGGAGUUCCAACAGAACCAAAGGACUUUCAAUUCAUUCCACUGACCAUCAAUUCUGUUAAGUUGAGUUGGGAUAUUCCCAAGUCCGAAGGAGGGUCUCAAAUUCUUGAUUACUUAAUCAAUUUAUCCCCAGAAUUGGUUAAUAGUCCAAAUGAAUACAAAAUUGGGAACAUUACUAUUAUUAGUGAUAAAUUAAUGGUUAUUUUAGAUCAGAUUUUUCCUAUGGUAACAUAUAAGGCAACAGUUCAGGCAAGAAAUAAAUUUGGACUUGGAAGGCCCUCUACCAUUAAUCAUGUAACACCUAGAAGUAUUAAUUCUUGUAUUAAUAUUGAUAAUUAUAAAUUAAUAAUAAAUGAAAGCUCAAAACGCCAAAUAAGCUGGAAAGCUGAGAAUUUUGAAAAAAUUGAUUUAAAAACUGUAUUAGUUUAUGUUUAUUGCAAUAUUAGAGAUGGAACUAAAAGUCAAUUCUUCUUAAUAGAAUUACUGAAAGCUUUAAAUGUAUGUAGGAUGGAUGGAACCAAAGCAUUUUGUACUUGGAUAGAGGAGGAAUGUAUGGUAAACUUAAGAUGUGAUAGUUAUUCAAUAAAGAUGAUUAACAAGACAGAUAAAUCUGGUAAUGAGGAUUUUUUAUGUAUUAAUGAAUUAGGUACACAAAAACCUCGAAGAUUAAAGGGAGAUUUUAAUAAUGAUAUAACUUUAGACCAUACGGUGAAAGUAUAUCAUAUAAGUUCAAUGGACGAAAUAAACAAUAUUGGAGUAAAAAGAGAAAAGAUAUACUAUCCAAAAGGAUAUAACCCAGAAUGGGAAAACGGAUUAAUUAAGACAAUUAUGAAAAUAAACCUUUUAGGGCAAAACACCAGUCAAAUUGAAAUUGAAGUUAAUUAUCUUUAUGAGACAGAAAACUUGGAGGAGAUUAUGUUAAACGGAACAGUAGGAAACGUUUGGUAUAAAAAGUACUAUUAUGACUUAAAACAGGAAAAGGCAAUUCAGAGUUUAGGUAAUAUGAAAAAUUGGAGUAUAUUUGAAGAGGAGAAUUACUUGGCAAUAAAUAAUCAUAAAAUAGGUCAAUUAGAACAGAUUGAGUUAAUGGUAUUAAAUUUGAUUCCAGAGAUGACAGUGAUGAUUUCAGUAAGAGAAUUAGAUCGAAGUAAUACUGAGAUUUCAGUCUCAAGGCAUGUUUUAAGAAUUCCUAACAAAUUUAAGAAGAUCGAAUUGACAAAUAGAAAGUUGUUGAGUUCAGGAAUAUUAAAAGUGGAAUUAGAUAAUCACUUUGUUACUCAAAAAGAAUUAUCUGAUAAAAAAAAUCGUAUAGGAAGUAAUUGGAGGUAUUUGAAUGAGCGAGAAAAAGGUAGUAAAAACGAAUUAAAAUUAAAUAUGAAUACUGACUUAGAGUCGAUUGGAAGUGAUUUAUCAAACUCAUUAUUUAUUUCAAGCAAAUUGGUAAUAGAUGGUUGGCCUGAAGACUUUGAAAGGAGGCUAUUCGAAGAAGUGGAGAUAACAAUCAAUUCUGGUUACUUGAGAUUUAAUAAUAAUUCCAAGGAGAUAAGUGGGCCUGUAAAGAAUUACAAACCAAUUUCUGAAUUAAAGAUUUAUAACCAAAGUAAAUCACAGGAGGAAAUUUCUAAUCUAUUUGAUGGAAAUCCAGAAACAGGAAUAUACUUUUAUAAUAACAAUUCUAGUGAUCUUUUUACUUCAGGAAUAGAGAAUGUUAUUAAUGAGGAGUAUUUCCCACACAUCAGCUUGAGUUUUAAUCCUCCGAUUUGUAUUUUGUAUGCAAAGUUAUAUUGGGAAGGAAAUAGAUCUCCAGUAUCCACAAUGGUAUCUGUUGGAUUAAGAUCUAAAAAUGUCUCAAAACCAAGAAUAAGAAAUUAUAACCCAAUAGUUCAUGAAUGCUUUCAUAGUCCAAUUUAUGGAAACAAAAGUUAUACUCAAGAAAGAAUUGACACCAUUCAAAUUAUCCCCCCUGAAGAAAUGGUAAAUACAUAUCUCACAAACCCAUCCAAUAGGUAUUCUUAUACUCACAAUUUCACUUUAUCGUUUGCAGGCUCUUGUGCUGAUUCAGGAAUAAAAGAAACAAAAGAUGAAGUAAUACUAUCAAUCAAGGAAAUUGAAAUAAUCCCAUGUAUUUCCAAUGACUUGGUGCUUUCUUACUCAAACCCUCUAUCUGAAACCAAUAUGUCUCUUGUUAAUUCACAAUAUAUUCUUAGGAAGUCUCAGCUAGAAGAAAAAUAUUUGGAAAUACAAAAUAUUAUUUUGGAUAAUCUAAGAAAAGAGACCAAAGGUGAUAAAACUGACUUAAACUUAAGAAACAUUUCAAUUAAAUAUAAGAAACCUAUUAAUGAAACAAAGAUAUACUUAGAUCUCAAUACAAUUCUAUCAGAAGAAUCUAAGUUGAGAUCUACACAUAUUCCAAGCAUUAGACUACUGAUUCAGGAUAAUAUUAAGGAAGAAGAAUCUUUGAGAAGCCCUAAAAACCACAGAAGGUUGGCAGAACAUCGCAAUGUGUCAGAAUUAAGCUUUAUUGUUGGCUACAUUUUACAUUUAUGGUUUAAUCUAACAAUAGUAUUCUUUUGGAACCUAAUCUAUAUAUUUAAGAAGCUAAAUUAG